CCGUGGCGACGUAGGCAAUGCCUUUAUACGUGGGGCUGAAUUAAUGUGUUGGGUCGUCCUUCUUGGAACACGCUGGCUGUUAUGGAAGGGGGGCUGGGGCCUCCCUCUUCCUCCCCUCCCAUUGUGCGGGAGACGGAGGGAGAGAACGUGUGAAGGGCACUGGAGGACACACAUGGGGCUUGUGUAAUGUGUCACUGGAGCAGGGGACUCUGUGGGCCUCGGACGGACCUUCUCUCAUCCUUUCUAUUGCAUCAGUCACUGGACAGCUUGAGGAUCUCUUCUACAGGCAUGCUGGCGCUCAGAUAUUUUAUAAUGCUGAACCUUUAGUCGUAUGAUUUUGCACUUUUGCUGAACAUUAACAAUAUGUUUAUGGGACUUUUUUCUUUCCUUUGGCUGAUUGUCAUUCCUUUUUCUACUGCUUUGCCUUUGCUGUUUCACUCAUCACUCUCCAGAGACCUGUCUUCUCCUUUGUCAUUUGUUUGGUGAAGUAACUGCACACUGUGCUGAAUCUGACCAUGCGCAUACUCUGGCAUUUAUCUCUCCGUGUUUUGGGACUGACCCUGUUGUUGAAGUGAGCAGCUGCUAGCCAAGACUGGCAGCCAGGGCAAAGCAGCUGCCUCUCAGUGCAUACCUGCUGACUGGCUGCAGGUCAGGACAGAGCAACAGCAGAGCAGGAGCCUCUGGCUAAGUGAUAGCUUAGCAUUGGGGGGUAUCUUUCUGUGAGGCUACUGCCCCCUCGCACACUCACUUUUGUUCUAUCGUGUGACUGCUAUACUGUUUGCCUGGCACCAUGGGGAACGCUCUCAGCUGCUGCCAUAAUCUUUCAGGCCAACAAAUCCAACACAAGGAAGUGAGUGAUCCGUUGGAGGAGUGGUCCCCGUUGUUGUCUGAGGAAAACAGUGAUGAGGAGAGCCCGUCCCCGUCCCAGACAACAGGGGAUGCGGAGAAGUCCCCUGUCCUGGACCAGGGUCAUGCCUUUUUCCCAGACAUUGUUUUAAGCAGCAGCCCAGGGGCAGCCCUGGCCGUAGCAGGGCAUUCUCUACACCGCGACCAAGGAUUGUGGAAUCCUGGCUUCGUCCGGGAAAACAGUGAUACCGUCCAGACUGUCAUAAUGCAGCCGUACAGAGAGGAGGAUGUGUUGCAGGUGGACCAACAUGCUCUGUAUGGGCAUGAAAAACUUCAGCAUCACACAGAACUUUUAAAACAGAGUGUAGAUCCAAAGGAAAAGGACAUUGGACAUAAUAAGCUCAACAUAGUGCUGAUGGAAUAUUGCACUGCCCAUAUGGAAAAGAGUGUCGAGGCAGAAUCAGAUGUAUUUCAGAAAGUAGCUGUGGAUGCUGGAUGGACAGAGGGAGGCAUAUUGCAGUUGGAUCAGGAGGCUGCUGCAAGGACAACACACAGGACACAGCAUAUGGAACACAAUAGUAAUCAAAAGCAACCAGGAGUGGAGCAGACAGCACAGGGUGUGAUGGAACAGAUGGAACAGAGAACCGGGCAGACAGAAAAGCCUCUCGAACAUGGAACUUUUCCAAAUAUUGUUGAUCUGGUACAAGAGAGCGCACUACUGUCUGAGCAGGAGUCUCAAGUUAAACAAGGUGUAAGGGUGGAUCAGAAUGUGGCCCUAAAAGAACUAAGCCAGAGCCCAACUCAAACAGAUGACACAGGGAGAAAGCCAGACCAGAUGGGACAGAAUGUAAUACAAACUCAAGGGGACUCAAAGAAGAUUGGACAGAUUGUGCAACGGAUUGGGCAAGAUGCUAUACAGGUCAAACAGAGUGAAGAGCAGACGCCACAUGGCUUAGUCCAAACCGCUGACUCUGGAGCAGAUCGGACAGUGAUCUGGGCUGGUUCUGGGCUGGAUCAGGCCCUGUUCUGGCCCACAGAGCAGUGCUGUUCGGGAGCAGAGCAGGACAGAGUUCAGACUAAUGAAGCCCAGUUUAAAAACAACGCUGUACAGUUGUGCCAGAAACAAGAUCAAGAGCAAUGCAUAGGACAGGCCAGAGACAGAGAGCAAGGGUUGAUGCCGGUGAAUGUGACUGUGGAGGAUGACGCACUACUGGAGGAGAAGCAGAAAGAACAGCUCACCCUGUUCAUGGUGGACAGACUGUUUUUGGCCACCCCGCCACUCACAGGGCACUGUGCCAACACAAUGCAAGGAGGCCCCAUAAUUCAUGACCAAGAAGAGGGGGCCAUGGCCACACUGAAAGGGGACGAUGAAACAGGGCAGCAUGGCGAAGCCAACAUGGAGGAAGUGGGCCUCAAUGAGGACACGUCGUUCACAGUUAAAAUCCAGGCCCCGGGCAUCGAGCCAAUUAACUUUCAGGUGUCUCCCAUGGCGAUGGUGCAGGAGCUAAAACAGCUACUGAUGGACUACGAGGAGACAUGCCAUCGCACCUGCUUCUCACUGCAGCUGAAUGGAAGCACACUGGACAACUUCAUCCAUAUGAAGUCCAUCAGUGACCUGCAGGAUGGAUGUGUGCUCAAAACCAUAGAUGAACCCUACAGUGUCCGUGAGGUGCGCAUUCACCUGCGCCACAUCCGGAACCUUCUGAGGAGCCUGGACCCCACUGAUGCCUACAAUGGAGUGGACUGCAGAUCGCUGUCCUUUCUCAGGCACUUCACUGACACGGACAUGAGAGAUAAGCCCGGGAAGAAAGGCAACGAGCUGAAGCAGGUGAACUGUGGACCUCCAGAGUACAUCCUGCCAGGGAGCAAAGAGUGCCCGCUCUGGCCUCUGCAGCCUGCGGAUGAGGACGCUAAGCCUCUGGAAUUCCUGAGGGCCCUGACGAUGAGCAACUGGAACCCACCUCCAGGAAACCGAAAAAUGCACGGAGACCUAAUGUAUCUGAAUGUGGUGACGCUGGAGGAGCGCCACUUCAGCAUCACUGCCUCGGUUCGUGGUUUCUACCUCAACCAGUCAACCAGUUACAGCUUCAACCCAAAGCCAGCGAACCCCAGUGUCCUUAGCCAUGAUUUAGUGGAUCUUAUGAAUCAGAUCAGCCCCUCGUUUAAAAAGAAUUUCAGUGCCUUGCUGAAAAAGAGGGUCCACAGGCACCCUUUUGAAAGGUUGGAAACCCCCUUCCAGCUGUACAGCUGGGCAGCUCCGAAGGUUGACCACUAUUUAGACUCUGUGAGAGCAGAGGACGCUCAGACCUCCCGCAUGGGUUAUGAGGAGCACAUACCUGGACAGACACGGGACUGGAAUGAGGAACUUCAGUCCACCAGGGAACUCCCCCGCAAGAACCUUUCAGAGCGUCUGCUGAGGGAAAGAGCUGUUUUCAAGACAAACUGUGACUUUGUUAUUACGGCAACACGAGGUGCCAUGGCAGUGAUCGAUGGCAGCCUGAUGGCCCUCAACCCUGGUGACGAGCCACGUAUGCACAUGUUCAUCUGGAACAGCAUCUUCUUCAGCCUGGGCUUUGACGUGCGAGAUCACUACCUGGAACAGGGCGGGGAUGCCGCUGCUCAUUACGCCCCUACAAAUGACCUCAAGGGCGUUGGAGCGUACGCCUCCAUAGAUGCUGAGGGUCUCCAUACACUUGGCACUGUAGUGGUGGAUUAUCGGGGCUACCGGGUAACAGCCCAGUCCAUUGUCCCUGGCCUGCUAGAGAAAGACCAAGAGCAAAGUGUCAUCUACGGCUCCAUCGACUUUGGCAAGACCAUUGCUAGUGAUGCCAGGUUUGUGGAAAUGCUGGACAAGACCAGCAGGCACCUGAGGAUUCUGCGCCACUUCGUGUUGAACAAGAAGGGCGAACGCAUGGAGCUGUGUUCCUCUGUGGAAUGCAAAGGCAUUGUGGGAAACGACAGACGCUGCUACAUCCUGGACUUGAUCCGUACCUUCCCACCAGACCUCAACUUUCUCCCCUCGGAGGAGGAGCUUCCUGCAGAAUGCCAGGGGCACGGUUUCCCGCGCCGACACCAGCAUCGUCUGGUGUGCCUGAGGCAGGAACUGGUUGAGCUGUUCAUCGAGCACAGAUAUUAUCGUUUCUUGGAGAUGGUCAACAGACGAGUUGAACCAUCUGCAACAACAAGCAAGGAAGAGCUGGAUGAGCAGCUGCCAAGUCUGGAUACUAGUGAUGACACCUCUCUUGUAGCUGUAAAAGAGGUGUUCACUCUGGGUGACUCUGAUCAAGAGGGGCAAUUAGGUAGCAAAGAGACAAAAGAGAUUCUAGGUUGUGCCCAUGAUGUUAUGAAGUCGCAAGACAAGUCCAUUGCAGGUUGUGGAGCCAGUGUGCUUUCUAAAGCUUGUAAAACUGUGGGCUCCACCAGCGAAACAUCGUUUGACAUCCGGUUCAACCCUAAUGCCUUCUGUCCAGUUGUGCACUUCCCUGAGGAGAAUGCUGUGGAAAUACAAGCACAAAGGCUCUUAAUUAAGGAAGCCGCAACCUUCCUCAUCACCACACAGAUCCCAGCCCUGGUAAAGAGCUACAUGGAUCACACCACCUUGCCAAUGGAUGGUGCCACGCUGACUGAAGCCUUACAUCGUCAUGGUAUAAAUGUUCGCUACCUGGGCACUGUACUGGAUGCCAUAGAAAGCACGCCUGAAAGGGAAAAGCUUGACUUUGUCUAUAGGAUUUCGGUUACUGAGCUGAUCACAAGAUGCACCAAACAUCUAUUCCGGACAUACCUUCAAGCAGUGGAGCCUUCCUCACUUUCCGCCUCUGUUGCCCAUUUUCUCAACUGCUUCUUGACUUCGUUUUCGGACUGCACCGGACACCAGACCUCCGACAGGCGCAGGAGCCGACGCCGCAAGAGCCGGGUGACAGGGGCAGGCGCCGGAGUGGGAGGCAGUGGGUCGUGGGUGGGCCUGACCUCUAGAGAGCUGUGGAGGACCAUCUCAGCAGAGGCGCAGGAGUACUACCACUACGCCCUCCUGUGUGAGAGUGUGGAACAGGCGAUGGAGAAGUACAGUGUCCAGAGGAUCACUCUGCUCAGAGAGAUCGCCAUUAAAACAGGCAUCCAGGUCCAACUGAGGGAAUACCACUUUGAGAACAAACGCAGUCCGACAUUCACAGAGGAGGACAUUCUGAACAUGUUCCCUGUAGUGAAACAUGUUCGGCCCAAUGCCUCUGAUGCCAUUCUCUUCUACCAUAGCGGUCAGACAAAAGUGCAGGAAGGACUCCUGAAAGAAGGAUCUGAGAUGAUUGCUCAGGCCCUUGGCCUCUUCACUAAUGUGUAUGGAGUUAUGCACGAACAGAUCUGUGCAUGUCUGCGACUCCUGGGACGAAUCCACUACAUCCUGGGAGACUAUGCUGAGGCUCUAUACCACCAACAAAAAGCUGUCUUAAUGAGUGAGAGAGUACUGGGAAUUGAACAUCCUCACACAGUUCAAGAAUACAUGCACCUGGGUCUGUACUGUUUCGCUGGAGGACAGCCUGUCACGUCCCUGCGGCUGCUGUACCGGGCGCGAUACCUCGUCCUGAUGGUGUGUGGGGAGGAUCACCCUGAGAUGGCCAUGCUCGACAGUAAGAUCGGUCUGGUGCUGCAUGCAUUGUCAGAGUAUGUUCUGUCCCUGAGGUUUCUGGAAAAUGCUCUGUCCAUCAACAUCAAGUAUCAUGGACCCUCCUCACUCAAAGUAGCACACAGCCAUUUCUUAUUGGCCAAAGCAUACGAGAGCAAGGGGGAGUUCCGCUCAGCUCUCCAGCAUGAGAAAGAGUGCUAUGCAAUUUAUAAGAACCAGCUUGGAGAGCACCAUGAUAAGACGAGGGAGAGCUCAGAGUAUCUGAAACACCUCACUCAGCAAGCCGUGACCCUGCAGCGCACCAUGAACAUGAUCUACCACACCGGCCAUGAUGCCAGCAUUGCUCCACUCAAUUUGGACCCUCCAAGCCGGAUAUGGAUCCUUGAACAGCUCAAUCUGAUCAGUGGAGUUGUCCUCAUCCCCCUUAGCAACAAAGAUCUGGAGAAUCUAAGGGACCAGGCACUGAAAACACAGUCACUGGCGGCCAGGGCUUGAGAUCAGACAUGAAUCGCCAUAAUCACAGUGCCCCCUUGAAGAAGAACUCUGGUAUUUUUUUACCCUGGCCCUAUUUUCCCAUCUCCUAUUUUUACUAGGGACAAAAACGAUCGUAAUCGGUGUACUACAGUCAUUAGUUUAUCCUUCUCUUCUUCGGGAGAACUAAUGACUGUAGAAACAGUAAUUUUCUACAGUUUAUUUACAGCUGUUGAGGUAGGUAUCUCUGUAGGGAUCCUUUUUAUGUUGUCAGACACUUUUAUAGCCAUUUUGUGGUUGCCAGUUAUAUCGUUCUAACUCAAUACUGGACCAAUUUUGUCUUUGCCAUAGUAGUAGGAUACAAAAAGAUGGGAAAAAAGGGCCCAGGUUACAAAAUACCGAAGUUUUUCUUUAAGGAUGGGAGGGUUUAAAUAAAUAUAUAAGAUUCAUUAUUCAUUCAUUUUCUUUUUAGUUCCAUAAGUUUCACAUUUUUUGUCAAAUUCAUUGAAGUCUUCAAUAAACAUUGGGGCGGCACAUUCUAAAUAGUAUGACCUUACAUUUUGAAACUAGGAUAACGGCUUGCCUUUAGACAUUCAGUUAGCCUACAAUUCUCUGAUAAUGUCAACCAUUUCUUCAGGAAAAAAUGUAAAUGUUCCACUUAACAAACUCUGAGCUGAGUUCUUGAAACAAUUCUCUGAUUGUUCUUUGCACUGGCAGAUUUUAUAAGAACCACUUUGGUUAGAAAAUCAACUCCAUUCGGUUCUUUGUAGAACAGUUGUCUGGCAUAAAAAACCCUUAAAAGGCUCAUUUAUAGGGACAAGGUAAGUUUUCCAAGAAUGUGGCAAUUCCUACGUAGAAAAUGUUUAAACUCUUUGAUCAUUGUGGAUUGUUCUUUGGAUUGUUUGUAUGAAUUACGUGACAAUUUCUGCCUAGAAAUUAAUGCCUGUGAUGAAUUGCUCAAUUAAUUACAGUUCACUCAUUAAAAAAACAGCUCAGAAAGAACCCUGAAUAGAAUCUGGAAUGAUUGAAGGAUGUAUCUUUGAACUUCUAUAAAUCUUUCUUUUGAAUGUGUUGUAACUGUCUGAAUAAUUAUUACUGCUACAAAUAUGAUACAUGUGAGUCAGUUGUCUGAAAGGAUAAAUAUAUUUAAAAAAUUGAAUGGGUUGUUUGACUUAUACAUUAAUGAACAGAUUUAUGCCAGAAAACAGAUGUAAUGUAAAAUGACUAAUGCUCCUCUUGCUUUUUUAUAAUUCUGUUGUUAUUUCUGUUAAUUUGUUAGGAGUAAGUAAUUAAUGGUUAACAGAUUGUAAUGCAAGAAAUUUAUUUACUGGCUCCAUGAAAAGUAAAAAGAAGAAAAAACACCAAAUAAACGGUUGAUUUGGAA